AUGGGAAAUUUUGGUUGGAAUCAUGCAGCGCUCAUCUUUCUGGUGGUGUCUUGUUUCUUUGCAUGGGAGACGAUAGCAUCAACAACAACGGAAGCUGAAGCUCUUCUCAAAUGGAAGAGCGGCCUGUCAAUUUGUUGCGGCCUCUCUUUUCCACUCAAAUCAUGGUCACUAUCCAACCUAACAAACCUUUGUAAUUGGAGGGGCAUUGUCUGCAAUGCUGGUGGAGCUGUCUCUCAGAUCAAUCUUCCUUUUGCUCUUCUCUAUGGUACUCUUCACCACCUCAAUUUUACUUCUUUUCCCAGCCUCACUGGUUUCAACAUCACUGGUAACAGCUUCAAUGGAUCAAUCCCUCCUGCCAUCGGUGAUUUGUCCAACUUGGUCUUCUUGGACUUGAGCAACAAUAGGUUUCAAGGAAAGAUACCGCCACAGAUUGGGAACUUGACGGAGCUUCAGCACCUCGACCUUAGUUUAAACUUCAUUAGUGGAGUUAUUCCUCAUCAGAUUGGGAACUUGACGGAGCUUCAGCACCUCGACCUUAGUCGAAACUUUUUCAUUAGAGGAGUUAUUCCUCAUCAGAUUGGGAACUUGAGAGAGCUUCAGUACCUCGACCUUAAUAGCAACAAUAUGAGUGGAGUUAUUCCUCAUCACAUUGGAAACCUUCAAAAGGUAUGGCUCCUAGACUUUGGGUAUAAUAAUAAUCUGUUGUUAGAUGCUUCUGACUGGUCGUCUAAAGUUAAGAGUUUUCCUAUGCUCAGACAUUUCAGUUUCGUUAGCGGUACAUUGAUAUCGUUCCCUGAUUUCAUACUAUGUUCUCGCAACCUAACUUAUCUUGAUUUGAGUGGAACCAAUUUGAAUGGAUCAAUUCCUGAGUCAUUAUUCACCAACUUGAAGAAGCUUGAGUAUCUCGAUCUUUCUAAUAAUGAAUUUUCUGGGCCUUUAUCACCUUACAUUAGCAAUCUGUCUAACCUCAAAGAUCUUAAACUGUCACAAAAUCAAUUCCAAGGUGAAAUUCCAUAUUCUAUAGGCCAACUCAAAGAUCUUCAAGUCUUGGACAUUAGCUACAAUCUCUUGAAUUCAACUAUUCCUUCGUCACUGUCAACUUUGACCAAAUUGUCUACUCUGGAAUUAUCAUCUAAUUUUAUUUCCGGUAAUAUUUCACCCCAUCUCAUCUCAUCUCCAAUUAAUUGGACCAAGCUUACAAAUUUGGGGCUUGCAGACAAUUCCUUCAAUGGCAGUAUUCUAUCUGAAAUUGGUUUGUUCACAAAUCUUGAAUUCCUUUCUUUGUCCGGAAAUAAAUUUCAUUGCACCAUUCCACCCCAAAUAGGAAAAUUGCAAAAUUUGAUUGUAUUAGACCUCAUUGCAAGCAACCUCUAUGGUUUGAUACCUCAAACAAUUGGAAACCUUACCAACCUCCAAUACCUUCUGCUUUCCGGAAACAAUUUGUCAGGAAAACUUCCACCCCAAAUAGGAAACUUGCAUAAUUUGGAUAGGCUAGACUUAUCAGACAACCAUUUCUUUGGUCCAAUACCACAAGCAAUCGGAAACCUCACUGGCCUUACUGAUCUAGUGAUUUCCAAUAAUAAUCUCACUGGGAUGUUGCCACCUCAAAUAAGAAACUUGAAAAGUUUGGAAAGUCUAGAAUUGUCUGAAAACAACAUCUAUGGACCAAUAUUUGAGAUAAUUGGAAAUCUCACAAGCCUCGGUUCUAUUCAGAUUUCCUAUAACAAUUUCACUGGAACACUUCCACCUCAAAUAGGAAAUUUAUUGAGUUUAGCUAUUCUAGACUUGUCAAGAAACAACUUUUAUGGUCCAAUACCUCAAAUAAUUGGAAACCUCACACGACUUGCAGCCCUACGCCUUUCCACAAACAAUUUCAUUGGUACACUUAUGUUUGAUAGUGGAAAUCCAACAUCAAAUCUUAUCUCUUCAACCAUUUGCAAUUUACGUUCUCUCAUAAUUUUGGAUUUGGCAAACAAUUCGUUAACUGGGCCAAUACCUCAAUGUUUGGCAAACAACGAUCUGUCUGUGUUAGAUUUGCACCAGAAUCAAUUUCAUGGGUCAAUCCCAAAACAAUUUAAAGUUUGCAACUCCUUGAGCAGACUUAGUUUGUAUCAUAACCAAUUAGAGGGUGCAGUGCCACAUUCUUUAAUCAGUUGUAAAGAGUUAGAAGUCCUCGAUCUUGGAUACAACAAUUUGAGUGGUACAUUUCCAAUGUGGUUAAGAUUUCUUCCAAAUCUAAAGGUCCUUAACUUGAGAUUUAAUAGGUUGAAUGGUUCCAUCCGAAAUAGGAGGAUUAAAGGGCAUUUGUUUCCUCAACUUCGUGUCUUUGACCUCUCUCAUAAUGGAUUCAUGGGAGAGUUACCCACAUGGUUUUUCAAGAAUUUUAAAGCCAUGACAAAUGUUGAUGAAAAUAAAUCACAAUUGUACCUUGGUCUGAAUACCGGUCUAGAAAUUUCCUCUCCCUAUUACUAUGAAGAUUCAAUGAUUGUGAGUGUGAAGGGGCAAGAGCGUGAACUUGUAAGAGUACUUAGCAUGUUUAUUACCAUAGAUCUCUCCAGCAACAAAUUUGAAGGGCAUAUUCCAAAUAGUAUUGGAGAUCUUCUUGCAUUACGUGAAUUAAAUUUAUCACGUAACAAGUUCAUCGGACACAUCGCAACGUCUCUUGGAAAUUUAUCCAUGUUAGAAUCUUUAGACCUUUCUUUGAAUCAAAUUGGUGGAGUUAUCCCUGAGCAAUUGACAAGAAUUACAACUCUAGAAGUGUUGAAUCUCUCACAUAAUAAGCUUGUGGGAUGCAUACCUCAAGGCCCACAAUUCAAUACAUUUGAAGCAAAUUCAUUCCAAGGAAAUGAUGGAUUGAAAGGAAAACCUUUGUCACAAGGUUGUUGGAAUGGCAUGACACCGCAACUUCCAGCACCAAAGGAGCUCCACCAAGAAGAUGAUUCGAGUUUUUUGAGCGGAUGCACCGUAAAAGUUGUGGCAAUGGGAUACAGUUGUGGUAUUCUUUUUGGAUUAUUCAUGGGAAGUCUCAUGCUCUUAACUGGAAAGCCAGAAUUCAUUGCAAAGUUUGUUGAGGAAGAAGCAUACAAACUAGCAAUGAAGAUCAAAAGAAGAAGAUCAAAAACAAGAAGGAGAAGAAACUAGCAUCGUCAAUGCUCACUUGGCUUCUCUCCGAAUGACAAAUACUCAAGACAGAGGUUGUUGUUGUUAAAGAAGUGGUUUGGUUUGCUGCCGACUCAUAAGCUACGGGCCACCUCCCAAGUACGGUUGGCUUUCAUAUAUGAUCUAUCUCUAGUUAGUUUGAGUUGUUUAGCUUUGGUUUGAUACCAAAUGUUUCAAUUCUUGCAUGAUGAAUAAUGUCAAUAUUUUCAUGUCUUAGAGCUUUCUUUCUAGUAAAAUGGAUUUGUUAUGCCUA